AUUCCCCUUUCUUCUAACUUCAUGUCAAGAAUUUCCUUCCUUAAACUUUGUCAAAAAUUUGUGGUUGCAUCACAGGUCCCUUAAAAGUUUCCACGAUUAUUUUGCUUUUAUCAAAUUAAAAAAGCAUCAUGGCCAGCAGGAGUUUCUUUGGAUUUUUCUCAAUGCCUUCCGUCCGUGCCCAGGAAGAAGAGGAAGAAGCUGAAUUGGUUGAUCCACAAACAGCUUUGAGGGAAAAGUGCGCUAAGGAAGGACACAUUGAGGGUCUUUACAACAAAUACCAGGCAUGCAAUGAUCGUGUUAACAGUCGCUCCAAAACUGCCGAAACUUGCUCAGAAGAGCUUUUCGAUUACAUCGGUGAAUUGGAUCACUGUGUAUCGCACAGCUUGUGGAAGAAGCUUAAGUAAAGACCAGAAAAACAAAUUAAAUAAAUUCACAAAUCCUUAACCUAGAGAACACCCAAUUAAAGUAAAGAUGUUUCAAGAUCAAAUAA